GGUCACAGUGCGGCUGGAAGGAUUAGGUCAAUAGAAAAAUCCUGUGACCUCAGUGUCCCAGUACCAGAAUUAUGAGAGAGGCUCUGCAGUGCUGUUCAUUGGCUCUUCGUGUUUAAUAUAGUGCAGUCAGCCAGACUGGGAACAGAAAGUGCUGUAAACUUAAAGCCUCUUAAUGCUAUAGGCAAUGUUGUCAGCUCUCUUCACGUGAGAAUCAUUUGGUACUAGAUGUUAACUAAAACAAACAACAAAAUUAGCAGAGUCAUAGGAGAAAAGAACUUGUAGAACACAAAAGAAUUAAAAGGAACUUGGAACAAGGCCCUAAUCUGCAACGAUGGAACAAAUAGGACUGAAGGAGAAGAAGGAAGAGGACACAUUCGAAGAACUGAUGGAACACAUCGGGAUGGAUGGAAAGUUUCAGUCCUGGUUCAACUUGAUCUUCAACAUGGGUUUCAUCCUUACAGUUGCAAUGCCUUCGUUCAACCUCAUCUUAGCGGUUACCCUACCAAACCACUGGUGCCACGUACCGGGCAGAAAUGAAACUAACUACACCAUAGCAGAGUGGAAGAAUCUGACACUUCCAAAAGAUGGUAACGAGGAAGAUUCAUUCAGCAAAUGCAGGAUGUACAACUUGAGCCUACCAAUGGGCGCACAGACACUUCAGGGGCUCAACAAGACGACAUACGAGACGGUUGGGUGCCAGCAUGGAUGGGAGUACGAUACGAAGUGGUACUCAGUGACGGCUCCAACACAAGAGGGCUGGGUCUGUGAGAAGGAGGUUUACGUGCCGAACACCCUUCUUGUCUCGAGGGUUGGAGAGGUUGUGGGCACACUCGUCUUUGGACAACUCGGUGACAUGAUCGGGCGUCGUCCAGUUCUGUUCCUUGGAGUACUGACGCUUGUCCUCGGAAGAUGUGUGUCAGCCUUCACCGCUGGACACUUCGUAGUGUUCCUAGUGGCCAAUGUCGUGGCGAGUCUGCCCAUAGCUGUCGUCUUCCAGUCUCCACUCAUUAUAGGAAUGGAGAUAUCGUCCACUUCACAGAGGGCACUGAUCGCAAUGCUGCAGUUUGUGGGCUGGACGUCUGGCAUGUGUGUGAUGCCCAUGAUAGCCUGGGCGACUGGUGGCGAGUGGAAGCUCUUCAUGAUAAUAACAUCUGUGCCCUGCGCUAUUGUGUUUCUUGCCUAUGGAAUAUUUCCCGAGUCCCCAAGAUGGCUUGCAGCGAAAGGAAAGUCAAAGAAAUGUCUUGAAGUUUUGAAUUACAUCGCCAAGAUAAACGGCACUUCCAUACCUGAAAACGCUCUAAUGAAGUUGAAGAAAUUGGCAGGAAGGAAAGAGAAAGUUUACGGAGUGGCGAGUCUGUUCGCGAACCGGCGACUCAUCAGGAACACAAUCCUCAUCUCCAUGUCACUAACACUGACGCAGAUCCUGUAUUACACGGUUGUGCUUAGCGUCGCCGGGAUGUCGGGCAACCCGUUUCUCAACUUCCUGCUGCAAGCCCUCAUAGAGCUACCGGGUUUCCUGAUAGGCAGAGCUCUGUGCGACAGGUUGGGGCGACGUUGGAGUCAAGCCAUGGCUUUCAUUUUGGGGGCUCUCUUCCAGCUGGCCUGCGUCUUCAUCGUUUUACAUCAAGAACGCUUGCUGUGGCUGCUAAUCUUUUUCGUCCUUGUAGUGAAGUUCUCCGUCACCAUAGCAGCUUACAGUUCAUAUCUGCAAUGCAUGGAGCUGUACCCCACUUGUCUGAGGCAGACGGGUACUUCUGUCGGAUUUCUCAUUGCAAACGGUCUAGGGGCAAUAGGACCUUACAUCGUCUACCUGGGAACCGUGGCCGACCCGAGGUACCCACACGCGAUCCUCAGCGUCCUCUGCGUCGUUGGUGCCAUCUGUGCCAGUCUUCUGCCGGAAACGCUGAACCAGAAGCUUCCGGAAACAGUUCAUGACGCCGCUCAUUUCGGAACAGACCAAAAGUUCUGGAGCCUUCCUCAGCGGAAGAAGAAAGACUAUCAAAGCGCGCCUACCAAGUAACCUGGCCAUAUUGUUAGUCACUGAAAGGAGAACACCCGAAAUCAAAUGCAGGAAACCAAUGUUCAUCCCACAACAGUGGUGACCAUAUUGCAUUUAGUAUGGAGCCUCGUCCCUUAGUGAGGUAGUCUGUUACGUCAUUACUAAAUUCUGUUUUCAACUUUAUUCUUGUAACCAAAUGCCGGUGAGAAACUGAAACAUGAAUGAACAGGAUUUUCUUCCGUAAAAAUUGUUCCCUCACAAAAUAUGACACGCCUUGAUUCUUAGGGCAGAUGAAAUUUAACAGUAUGAUAAUUGGUUUGAUAUUUUCAGUACAAAACCUUAUAUUUAUUUCUUGGUUAAGAAGUAUAUAGACAUAUUUAUCUGGAUGAUGUUCAUAAUGAGGUUGUAAUGUUCUGACUUUGUUAUGAUCAGCGUUCUGAACGGUUACGUUAAAGAAACUAACAACUGAUCUGAUCAAACACCAAAGGACCUCAGUUAAAAUACGAGAUUUAUGUGUUGAGAGAUUAUACACGUAGUAUUUACCUGUUUGGAUCCCUUGAUGUUUUGAAUAUGAAGACGCCAUCUUGACUCUCGGUGACCGUUAAUCCACAGGUCCAGAAGUUCUAAAAUUUUAGCAUAUUAAAGGAAAUUAUAUCUGUCAGAAAACGAAAGAAUUAAGUACAUAUAUAAACCUCGAAUAAAAGUGUAUUAUGAAUGGAAUAUACUUGGAAAUUCGGGGUCAAAAUUAUUAUGACAUGUCAUUUUCAAAUAUGGGUAAGGUUAUGAAGAUAUACAAUUCUUAAUAUCAGUGCUACAAUAUUUAAUAUUUAUUUAUUUAUAUAGCACGUACUACAUAUUUCGACCUCAAAUGGGUCAUCUUCAGGUAUUGCAAAUUUCUCACAUACUAUUACCGAAAUUUGCAACACCUAAAGAUGACCUAUUUGAAUUAGAAACGUCUAGUGCGUCAAAUAUAAAUGAUAAAGUAAUUUUGCGUUGACGGUAAGAAUGGUAUAUGUUCACUGUAUAUAUGCAAGAGGAUACAAUUCUUUUAAAAAUGGAUAAGAUUAUGACGCACAACAAUUUUUUCCCUUUUUUGUGAUGUUAUGGGAAAGACCUUUUGUUGUAAGCAAAGAAUGCGUGUUACUAUUAGCACGUGAAACACAAGUUACUAACAUAAAAAGUAUGUAAACAGAAUAGCAAUAAAUGGAUAACGGAAGAUAUUAUAUAAAAAUUAA